CCGUGCAAUUUGGGAUUUUAUUUGUACCAAAGCAAAACAAAAAACCAAAACCCGUGUACAUCAUAUAAAUACAUACAUAUAUCUGUAUCUAUAUAUUUCCUGUAAUCCUCUGCGUGUGUUUGUUCUGUGACACUAGGGUUUCACCUGAAGCCAAUCAGGUCAAACCCUUUUCACAUCUCUCUCUCUCUAGUUUAGGUACAUGGAAGAGCAACAACAAACAUUGGAUGUUGCAGGUGUUUCGAGUUGCUAUGUGUUUAAAAGUCGGUUGCAAGAGUAUGCUCAAAAAGCAGGACUCACUACGCCUAUUUAUCAUACUAUCAAGGAAGGCCCUUCACACCAGCCUAUCUUCAGGUCAACUGUGGUCAUAAAUGAUGAAACUUAUCAUUCUUUGGCCGGUUUUUUGAAUAGGAAGGCGUCUGAACAAUCUGCUGCUGAAGUUGCUCUCGUUGAAAUUGCUAAAACUGGGGCUACCGAUAAAAGCGUUUCUCAUCCCGUGCAUGAAACCGGAUUAUGUAAAAACCUACUUCAAGAAUAUGCACAAAAGAUGAACUACGCUAUCCCAUCAUACGUCUGCACCAAAGAUGAGAAAAAAGGGGGCCGAGAUUCCUCAUUUUCAUGCACAGUCGACAUAGGAGGAAUCAAAUAUAUUGGUACAUCUGCAAAGACGAAGAAGGAAGCAGAACUUAAAGCUGCCAAAACCGCUCUUUUGGCUAUUAAAAUGAGCUCACUGGAAGCUAUUGAAAAACCUGACACAUCCGAUGCAGAAUAUGUAUAUACAGUGGUCCCCACUAAACGGAAGGCACCAGAUCGACCCGUUGUUGAAGCCGAAGUCAAAGUAAAAAAAGGUAAGAGAAGAACUGGUAAAUUUCAUAAGAGACGAAAGAAGAGAAGUAAAGCAACAAGUGAUGCUAUUGAGGUCAAAACUGACAAACCUUCUGUAGAUGAAGAUAAAGAUAUGAAUUCAAAUGGUGAAACCGUAUUCGUUCCGUGUAGUAACAACGGGAAAGUUAUAAAUUUGAACUCAAACAGGGAUAGUGUUUUUGUUCCACGUAGCAACCCAGGGGAAGUUCAAGAUUGGAAGUCAGAUGGGGAUAGUGUUUUUCUUCCAUGUAGUAACCUGGGUGAAGCCAAAGAUCUGAAGUCAAAGGGGAAAGGUGUUUUAGUUCCGUGUAGUAGUGUGGGUGAAACUAAAGGUUCGGAGUCAAACGGGGAACAUGUUUUGAUUCCGUCUAGCAACUUGCCUGAAGUCAAAGAUUUGAAGUCAAACGGGAAAAGUGUUUUGGUUGCGUGUAGUAGCAUAAGUGAAGGUUUUAAGUCGUGUUUCAGUUUCGUGUAGUAAUCUUGGUGAAGUCAAAGAUUUGAAGUCAAAUGGUAAAAGUGUUUUAGUUCCUUGCAAUGGGGAAGUGUCAUGGCUCGUUGUAGUAACAACAUCAGGUCAAACGAAGAAAAAGUUAUUGUUCCAUGUAGUAACCCAAGUGAGGAUUAAAGUUGGGUAUUUACAUAGAUAUUUAAGCCCAUGAGUUGAGGGGGAUUUUGGGUAAUUAAAAAGAAGAUGUAGAUGUAGAUGUGAUUUAUGCUUAUGUUGUUUUGUCAUAACAUUAUUCAUUGGUGGUAUAAGAAUAUUGGUGAACAUCUUCACAAGCAUUUUGGAAUUGUAACCAUUGGACCUAAUUGCAUAUUUGUCAUUGGAUUAUUUCUUUAUCUGUA